AAACACGGCAAGCUCAUCACCUUCCUCCGUACAUUCAUGAAGUCGCGCCCAACGAAACAGAAACUGAAACAGCGGGGGAUCCUGAAGGAACGGGUGUUCGGCUGUGACCUGGGAGAGCAUCUUCUCAACUCUGGCCAUGACGUCCCCCAGGUCCUCAAGAGCUGCACUGAAUUCAUCGAGAAGCACGGCAUCGUGGAUGGGAUCUACCGGCUCUCGGGGAUCGCCUCCAACAUCCAGAAACUACGGCACGAGUUUGACUCCGAGCAGAUUCCUGACUUGACAAAGGAUAUCUACAUCCAAGACAUUCACUGCGUGGGCUCCCUCUGCAAACUGUACUUCCGCGAACUCCCGAACCCUCUGCUGACCUAUCAACUCUACGAGAAGUUCUCGGACGCCGUUUCUGCUGCUACAGAUGAAGAACGGCUGGUUAAAAUCCACGAUGUCAUCCAGCAGCUGCCCCCGCCUCACUACAGGACACUGGAGUUCUUAAUGAGACACUUAGCUCGUCUAGCUGAUUACUGCUCCAUCACGAAUAUGCACACUAAGAACUUAGCAAUCGUCUGGGCUCCAAACCUCCUAAGGUCGAAGCAGAUAGAGUCUGCCUGCUUCAGCGGAACAGCCGCCUUCAUGGAGGUGCGAAUCCAGUCCGUGGUCGUGGAAUUCAUCUUGAACCACGUGGACGUCCUCUUCAGUUCCAAACUCAGCUCAGUCAUACGAGAUGGAGCAGGGCACAGUUCGUUAUCGCGGCCCAAAUCCCUGCUGGUGUCGUCCCCUUCCACCAAGCUGCUCACGCUGGAGGAGGCGCAGGCACGGACACAAGCCCAGAUCAACUCUCCCAUCGUGGCAGACAGCAAAUACAUCGAAGUGGGAGAAGGCCCUGCAGCUUUACAGGGGAAAUUCCACACGGUCAUAGACUUUCCAUCUGAAAGGAAAAGACCGCCCAGCAAGAUGAAGAAGUCGCCGGUUGGCAGCUGGCGUUCCUUCUUCAACCUGGGAAAGUCAUCGUCCGUGUCCAAACGCAAACUACAGCGCAAUCCCAGCGAGCCCUCGGAAAUGAAAGCCAUAGCCCUGGCAGGUGGACGAGGAGACAGCGGGACUCUUCGCUCAGCUAAAAGCGAGGAAUCGCUUACCUCUCUGCACGCUGUCGACGGCGAGUCUAAACUGUUUCGACCCAGAAGACCCAGGUCCAGCAGCGACGCGCUGUCUGCUUCCUUCAACGGAGAGCUCUUGGGCAACAUGAAUCGCUGCAAUUCUUACGACAACCUCCCCCACGAGAACGACAGCGACGGGGACGAGGGGCUCAUCCACGUUCCCGCCCUGAUUUCUCCUCGAUCUGCUGAAGACGUUGACCUGAGCCCGCCGGAUAUCGGAGUCGCCAGCCUGGAUUUUGACCCCAUGUCUUUCCAGUGCAGCCCGCCCCAGGCGGAGUCCGAGUGCCUGGACAGCAGUACCUCCCUGCUGGAGUCAGUCGGCAUAAACAAGGAGAGGCCGAGCCUCCUAAAGAAGGAUUUAGAGUCAGGCAGCCAGUCCCAGACACCAGGCAGUGCCACGAGCUCUGAGCCCGUCUCCCCGUUCCAAGAGAAGAUGAGUCCCUUCUUUACUCUGGAUCUGAGCCCAACCGAAGAGAAGGCCUGCAAACCCCCCACCUUCUCGCCCAAGGCGGGGCGAAAGCCCAUCAAAUCUCCGCCGCUGAUGACACCGGACCCCGUCUCCUUCGCCCUGCCCAGCCGCCCGUCGGAAGCGACGGGAGUCGGAGCGCCCGUCGCGUCCAGAAACUCCUCCGCUUCCAGCUGGAGCAAAGGGAUGGGCAUCACUGAAAUCCCAAACAGGUCCCCAACCCAGAUGUCCUUGCCCCUGAAAAACAGUGAAGCAGGAGCAGGGGAAGGAGCCCAGCAGGAGCUGCAGCAUGCCCAGCUAGUGGCUGCUGGCAAACCAGAGUUGCCAGAAGAAGGGGAGAGACCCAUGUCAAGCAGUCAGACUAAGACUGUACCCACUGGACACACACAGCCAGGAGCAGUUGCCCUCGACUCCCCCCAGGAUCCUGUUCCCGUCAGUUCUGUGUCUCUUAUCCCUCCUCCUCCUCCGAAAAACGCAGCGCGCAUGCUAGCCCUAGCGUUAGCCGAGUCCGCACAGCAAGCGUCCGCUCAGUCUCAGAAAAGGCCAGGAGAUGCUCAUUCUGAAAGCACCAAUUAUGGAGAGACUGAAGCUGGCACAGCUCUAGAAAAGCUCCAUCUCUCUGCUGGUGCUCCAGACAAGCUCCACCUGUAUACCGGUCUGCCCGAGAACCGACUUCACUUCCAGACUGGUGCACCAGUAGAGCAGGAUUUCCAAGGUAGCAGCACACCCGGGGAGCAGAACCACCCGCCAGGUGCACCUGGAAACCGGGACCCCCCACCUCUCCACACGGGCAUGCCUGGGGACAUGCCCGAUAGCAGAGAUGCAGAGCAGGAGCAGUCCAGCCUCCAUCCGGGUAAAGCGGGGGACAAAGAGCACUUCCCUUCCCACGCUGGGGACUGGGAGCACACACACCACCCCGCUCCAGGCGCGCUGCCUGACUGGGAGCCGCCCACGGCAGACGUGUCCGUAGAUAAGCCCCACCUCCGUGCAUGCAUGUCUGGGGACAA